CCUAUUUGCUCACGUGACCCUAAAUUUUGCGUGAACAAGAAGGAAGGAAGAAGAUCGAGAAUGGGUAUUCACGGCUUAAUGAAACUAAUUGGAGAUUAUGCUCCUUCAGCUAUGAAAGAUGGAGAGAUCAAGACAUAUUUUGGUCGUAAGGUCGCAGUGGAUGCGUCUAUGAGCUUGUACCAGUUUCUGAUUGCAGUGAGGAUGGAUGGAUCUCAGCUCACAGACAGUGACGGAGAUACAACUAGCCAUUUGAUUGGGUUCUUCUAUCGAACUAUCAGAAUGCUCGAGAACGGCAUCAAACCAGUCUAUGUGUUUGAUGGCAAGCCACCAGAAAUGAAAUCAGGAGAGCUUCUCAAGAGAUCUGAGAAAAGAGCAGAAGCUGAGAAAGGCUUAGUUACGGCCACUGAUAAAGGUGAUCAAGAACAAAUAGAGAAAUUUCAGAAACGACUAGUGAAAGUGACUCCUAAACAUGUGGAGGAGUGUAAGAGGUUGCUGACACUAAUGGGAGUACCCUUUGUUGCGGCCCCUUGUGAAGCCGAGGCCCAGUGUGCGUCCAUGGUGAAGGCCGGCCUGGUGUACGCCACUGCUACCGAGGAUAUGGACUGUCUCACAUUUGGCUCCAGCGUCAUGUUGCGCCACCUGACAGCCAGCGAAGCAAAGAAGAUGCCAGUUAGAGAGAUCCACUUGGAGAAGCUACUGGCUGAAUUAGGAGUCACUCAGCAAGAAUUUAUUGACCUGUGCAUCUUACUCGGGUGUGACUACUGUGACUCUGUUAAGGGGGUGGGGCCUGCCAAAGCCAUCACUCUCAUCCGAGACCACAAGAAUAUUGAAGAGAUUAUCGAAAAGGGGAAGAAACUGAACAUUCCUGAGAACUGGCUUUAUCAGGAAGCCAGGCGUCUGUUUAAGGAACCUGAAGUGAUGGACCCAAAGUCUAUUGAGUUGAAGUGGAGCCUCCCUGACGAGGCAGGACUGGUCAAGUUUCUAGCCGAGGAGAAAGGAUUUGCUGAGGAUCGUAUUCGGAAGGGAGCGGCUAAACUGGUCAAGAGUAAAUCAUCAUCCACACAGGGGCGACUGGACAGCUUCUUCACACCUCUGGCCUCACCAGUCGGUCAAAAAAGAAAAAGGGAGGAUACCGGCAAACUGAAAGGCCCACUGAAAAAGAAACCAAAGGCUGCUGCAACUGGAGCCAAGUUUAGGAGGAAAUGAAUCGUAUGCUCUGAUUGUCAGUGUCAUACUUACGUACUCAGCAUCAGACUAUUUGCUCCCUUAUACAUUCUAAAUGUGUUAUCUGUUGCCAUGCAUUAUCAUCACUAUGUUUCUGUAACCAACAUUUGCCUCUUUGACUGCACAGCUGUUAUACAAUUAACCAGUGUAGAAUGACUUUGGCUUCAAUACUCACGUAAUUGAAAACUG